CGCGCGGUGCGUCGGCCGAGGUAUGAGCAACUGCAUCACCGGCACGAGGCUCCACCAUGUGCUGGGGCUCAUCGGCCCCUGCAACGUUGUGGACACGGCCUGCUCGUCCGGGCUGGUCGCCACGAACCUGCUGCACUCGGCGCUCCGGCAGGCUGGUUGCCGCGGGGCCAACGUGAGCACCCGGUGCCAGACAGGCGUGGCCAUGGGUAUGGGGCUGCUCCUCCACCCGAGGCUCUACUGCAAGUACGCCGCCGCGACCAUGCUGAGCGAGCGGGGCAGGUGCUUCACCUUCGACGCGGGCGCCGACGGCUACGCGAGGGGCGAGGGCUGCGGCGCGAUCGUGGUGCGGAUGGGCCAGGGCGAGGAGGACCUGCAGUCGUCUCUCGCGUGUCUCGUCGGCAGCUGCACCAACCAGGACGGGAAGAGCGCCAGCAUGACCGCCCCGAACGGGCCCUCCCAACAGGACUGCAUCAGGAGGUCGAUACAGCAGUGCCAGCCAGGAAUCGGCCUGAACGACAUCAGCAUUGCGGAGUGCCACGGCACGGGCACGGCAUUGGGGGAUCCCAUCGAGGUCGGCGCCAUCCGCAACGUCAUGGACACUCGGGAGACUCCCAUGGCCGUGGUGUCCUCUAAGGCCAGCAUUGGACAUUUGGAGGCAUGUGCGGGCAUGGCAGGCGUGAUCAAGUGCUUGCUGAUGGUUCAGCACUGCAGUGCGAGCCCCAACGAGCACCUUAAGGCGAUGAAUCCAAAUUUGGACGCUCAGGGCUUUCCUGCCCUCUUCGGAACUGAGUUGAUGGACGUCGACCGUAGCGAGGCGGUCUCGGGCGUGUCGUCUUUUGGUUUCGGCGGUACGAACGCUCGAGCCGAUGUGUGGGGGCGCGCAGUCGUGGGUGCUCGAAAAGUUGAGUACAUCGACAGUGGCAAGCUCAUCGCGGCAAGAGAGAAACGAUUUGCUCGCGUCAUCGAUAAGUGGUUCGAUAAGAAAGCAGACGCAGAGCUGGCGAGUGACGUCCACAUUGUCGGCAGUUGGAAUUCGUUCAAGACGUUGGAGAAGAUGGAGCCGAUCGGAGGAGGAGAGUACGAAGCUAGAGUCGUCAUGAGCGAUGGGGCGGUCAGCGAGCAGUUCUACAUCGUCCUGAACAAGGACCUGGCCGGCCAGGUCGUCCACCCGGCCGUGCCGAACGGGGACCAGCGCGCCCAGGUGGCCCAGCCGGACGAUAACCCAGACGACCUGCGGUGGGUCAUCCGCGGCGGCAGGGACCGCGCGAGGGCCGGCGCGGUGUACACGGUGAGGUUCGGGUGGAUUUGGUCUUCGGAGCACGGCGAGCACUUCCGCGUCACAUGGACGUUGUCCGACGAAAGAGGCGUCGACACUGCUGCCUUCAGGCACCACUACUCCGUCCGCGGCACCUGGACGACCGGCGGCUUCCGCGCCAUGGUGCAGGGCCGCGUGGACCCCACCGUCUGGACCACCACCGUGCGGAUGGGGUUAAUCGGCCAGGAGGAGUUCCAGUUCGCCCGCGACGGCGACGAGCGGCAGCUCAUCCACCCGGCCGUCCCGCGGGCCUGGGAGGAGUCGGUGCCAGUCCGCGGGCCGCGGGCGGGGGAGCCCGCGAAGAGG